AUGGGAAAUACCAACAGCUCCACCAGGGAGUCGAGGACCACCAGCUCCCGAUCGCGCGCCAACACAGCAAACAAUGGAACUCCCAGCAAUGGCACAGCCGAAAACUCCAUGUACAAUGUGCGUAGUGGCCGCGGCAGCAGACAGAACCUAUCCUUCCUCCAUCUGGGGUCCAGCAGUAGAGGUGACCAAUCACGCACCGAGGAACCUCGCCGCGAAACCAAGCAAGAAAGAGAAGCUCGCAAACGUGAGAAGGAGCGUGCUACUCGAGAAAAUGAACGCGAGCGAAGUAUGAAGGAGGAAGGUGUCGAUGGUGGCUAUCUCGUUACGCUAGGAACAUACGUCGGUCCUGAGGACUUCAACAAGACCGUCGUGCGCCAGCUCAUGAUCGAACGCCGCUUGGCGCCAUUCUGGAAAGGCCUGAACGACCAUUCUGACUCGUGGACCGAGAAUCAGCUUGUAGCUGUAGCACGAGGACUAGCCCUUCCCGCUGCUGACGACCCUCCCCUCCCCGAUCUCGAACAAACCGCCGGCAGCGAUGUCGACUCGCUCACUAUUCCAAUCUCCUCUCGCUCACAAUCCUACCAAUCCGACCAUACCUCGACUCCGCAAAGCGCCACUUUGCCUCGUCCAGGCACCGCAUCUUUGCCCUCAGCCUCGGCAUCCCGAGGUCUCUUCCGUGAUCGUGCAAAAACUCUGGCAUCCUUGGGCACCUCGAACAAGAACAACAAUGCUUCGUCUACUUCGAUUGCCCCUCAGGAGAUUCGUCUGCCGCGAGACCCAAGAGUCAACGGCUCUCCUCUCGAAGCUGUUUUGUAUAAGGAUGCUGCGGAAUGUCCCAUCUGCUUCAUGUACUACCCUCCACACCUCAACAAGACCCGCUGUUGUGAUCAGCCCAUCUGCUCAGAGUGCUUCGUACAAAUCAAGCGUCCUGACCCGCAUCCUCCGGAGCAUCACGAUGAUGAGGGCAAUCCCACAACCGACGAGGAAGGCUUAUUGGUUUCAGAGCCCGCUGCGUGUCCCUUUUGUGUGACGCCUGAAUUUGGUGUCAGCUACCAACCUCCUUCCUUCCGCAGAGGUCUUGUAUACUCCGGCCCUGUCAGCAGUCCGGCUCCAACAAGCGCCCCAUCUCCCGAUGCAUCAACUCUCUCGUUACCUGUGCCGCACGGUAGAAGACGUACGACAUCUUUAUCUGCCUCGGCCCCCACUGUCAUCACUACAGAUCGAGUACGACCUGACUGGGCAAAGAAGCUUGCUGAUGCUAGAGCGCACGCAUUGCGGAGAUCUGCUGCUGCAACUGCUCUUCACAAUGCUGCGUACAUGCUAGGUAAUCAACAGCCAUCGGAUGUACGCUCGUUUGGCGGUCUUGGUCGCCGCCGCCGUACACUUUUGACGGAUACCUCUGCUAGUGCAAGUGGGACUGGCACGCCGAGAGCUGACAAUGGUCAAGUAGGUAGUCUGUCUGAGUUGAUCGCUCACAUAGAAGGUCAAGGAUCAAGCACAGAGCCUCGUCCGUCGGGUAGACGAAGUCGUGCCCAUGAUCUCGAAGAUCUUAUGAUGAUGGAAGCUAUCCGACUAUCUCUAGCUUCCGAAGAAGACCGCAAGAAGAAAGAGGAGAAGGAAAUCAGGAAAGAAACAAAGAGACGCGACAAAGAAGCUGCGAAGGACGCAAAGAAGGCAGAAAAGGUCGCGAAGAAGAACGGAAGUCUUUACAGUGCUAGCUUGAACGGCAGCACAGUUGCUUGGUCUGACAUGACCCGCUCUACGAGUAAUAUUCCACGACCUCAGACAGGUGUCUCGACAGCUUCAUCACCUCCACCAGCUGCUCCUCCAAUCGUCGGCAAAGGCAAGGCACCUGCCACCACAGCCUACGGCUUUAAUCCGCUUACCGAACCUACAUCUACCUUGAAUACAGAGGUUGCUGAGCAGACAGCCGACUCUCAGAGGCAUCUUGAAGAAUCGAGAGCCAAUCUACCGCAGGCAACGCAGCCCAUAUCGUUCCCGGAUGCCCUUCAAAACCGCUCUCACCUUCGCCACAUCUCCAAUGCCUCAUCGGCGGCAUCUUCGAUGCUGGACUCUGCGCCUGGAAGCUAUCAACAACGGACGCCGAACUACCAGAUGUCACCCAACGCCAGUGCGACGGUGCUAGAUGACGGUACUGGUACGCCUGAUACACACUCUGGUACUCCGAGCAAUGAUGUGAACACGGAAUCCAUGUUCAACUUCAAGAGCUUGACCGAAAUGAUACGCAACGACGAUAAGGACCGAGAUGCAGAUCAUGUUGAGUUCUUUGAGCAAAAGCCAGAACAAGAGCGCAAUCCGUCGAUUGCAUCGUCUUCCAAGGGUGAUGCUUCCUCUGGUCUACCUGCAUUGAACGAGGUUGAGAACGAGAUGAGACAUGGAGAUGCUGUUCAAAUGCAUGACGGAACUUCUUCGAAGAUGCAGCAGAGCGAGACAAAACACGCAGGCGAUGUGGAUGUCCUGCACACUUCAGGGACUUCGACCAACUAA